AGAAAAAAAAUUAGAAGGAGUAGCAGGGGAUUAGCAGUGGUGAAAUUGAAGAAUAAGGUGUUCAGAUCAAUCAGUGUUUUAAGAUCUGCAAUGGCUCAGCCUCCUCAAAUAGCCAUUCUUGGAGCUGGCAUUUUUGUUAAAACUCAGUAUAUUCCAAGAUUAGCUGAGAUUUCUAAUCUCUUUAUUCUCAGAGCUAUUUGGAGUCGCACUGAGGAAUCUGCCAGAAGUGCUGUUGAAAUAGCACAGAAGCAUUUCCCAAAUGUGGAAUGUAAGUGGGGAGAUGCUGGACUCGAGGAGAUCAUUAAGGAUAGUUCCAUUACUGGUGUUGCUGUGGUUCUUGCUGGACAAACCAUGGUGGAUAUGUCACUGAGGUUGCUUAAGGCAGGAAAGCAUGUCCUUCAAGAGAAACCAGCUUCCGCAAGUAAGUAAGAUGCAGUUUUAUUUCAUUGAACUUAUGAAUGCCGAUGUUUCUCUUAUCAAUUUUAUUUCUGUUCAAAAUGCA